AUGCGCUACGAGACUCUGGCGAUAUCUGCUGCUGAUAUUGGGCAAUGGGAUGAAAAUGGCCACCUCCGGGUCAUUGACCGGAAGAAGAGCCUGGUGAAGACUCUGAACGGGGAAUAUAUUGCACUGGAGAAGCUUGAAUCAGUAUACCGGUCCUCAAGCGUAGUGGGAAACAUCUGCAUAUAUGCAGCGCCCGAUAAAGCCAAAGCGAUUGCCCUAGUGGUCCCCAUCGAACAGACGCUAAAAAAUAUAGCUGCUGAGAACGGCAUCAAGAAACAGGAUCUCGGAGAGUUGGUGCAUGAUAAUAAGCUUCGAGAUAUCGUGCUGCAGGAUAUGCAAACGAUCGGGCGGAAGGCGGGCCUUGCUGGGCUGGAGAUCAUUGAGGGGCUUGUUCUAGUGGAGGAACCCUGGACGCCGCAGAAUGGUCUCACGACAGCGACGGAGAAACUGAACAGAAAAGGUAUUCAUAAUAAGUACAGGACUGAAAUUGAACAAGCGUAUGGACAGGGUUAA